UAUAUAAAAAAAUGGCGCCGUCUGUUGCGUGGAAAUUAGUAUAGUGUGAGUUCUUAAGCUCGCUUCAAUGAGUGUCUGUGCUCUAUUAGGCCUCGCUCGCUUUUCUGCUCCAUCGUUUUCUCUUGUCUCCAACUUCAACGCCUUGAAUAGAACAUUCAUCAAGCGAUUCUCCACUCGAAGACAAUAUCGGAGCUACAGCUGCAAGCCUAUGGCUUCGUCGGUGUCUUCUUCGCUUAACACUAACAAAGAUAUCUCAGAAGUAGCAGAGCAGUUGGAAAAAAUAACUGCGCCCUACGGCUCAUGGAAGUCGCCAAUUACUGCUGAUGUUGUUACUGGUGCAUCGAAGCGACUUGGUGGUACUGCUGUCGACGGCAAUGGGCGCCUUAUCUGGCUCGAAUCGCGGCCAGCCGAAUCCGGGCGAGGAGUGCUCGUCAAGGAAUCGGAAAAGCCAGGGGAUGAACCUAGUGAUAUUACUCCAAAGGAGUUUUCAGUGCGGAACACGACCCAGGAAUACGGUGGUGCUGCAUUCACGGUCGCCGGAGAUAUCGUUGUCUUUUCGAAUUACAAGGACCAAAGACUGUACAAGCAGUCCUUAAAUCCAGAUUCACCUCCGCAGGCACUCACUCCCGAUCACGGUGGACCAUCAGUCAGUUAUGCAGAUGGGGUGUUUGAUUUUCGUUUUAAUCGUUUUAUUACUAUCCAGGAAGAUGGACGUCAAAGUAGCUUGAAUCCAAUCACCACAGUUGUGUCAGUAAAACUUGACGGAAAGGAAAUUGAUGAUCCGAAGGUCUUAGUUGAAGGAAAUGAUUUCUAUGCCUUCCCACGUGUGGAUCCCAAAGGGGAACGAAUUGCAUGGAUCGAAUGGGGUCAUCCUAACAUGCCGUGGGAUAAAUCUGAGCUCUGGGUUGGCUACCUCUCUGAGAAUGGAGAGGUCUACAAACGAGUCUGUGUAGCUGGUGGUGACUCUAAGCUUGUGGAAUCUCCUACUGAACCCAAGUGGUCCGCUCAUGGAGAACUAUUCUUUAUUACCGAUAGAGAAAGUGGGUUUUGGAACCUCUAUAAAUGGUUUGAGGCUAACAAUGAGGUGGCUCCAGUAUAUUCUUUAAACGCAGAAUUUUCCCAACCCUUAUGGGUUUUUGGCACCAAUUCUUAUGAAUUUUUAAAGAGCAGUGUUGGGAGAAACACCAUAGUUUGCAGCUACAGACAGAGAGGGAGAUCAUAUCUUGGAGUUUUGGAUGAGGCGCAAAGCUCAUUAUCCUUGCUUGAUAUCCCAUUCACGGAUAUUGAUAAUAUUACUCUGGGAAGUCAUUGUUUAUAUGUGGUAGGAUCCUCGGGACGUCAUCCAUCAUCUAUUGCUAAGGUGACCCUGAAUGAGAAAACCUUGGAAGCAGCAGGUUUCACUAUUAUCUGGUCUUCUUCGCCAGAUAUUUUGAAAUAUAAGUCGUACUUCAGCCUUCCAGAGUUUAUUGAAUUUCCAACUGAAGUUCCUGGCCAAAAUGCUUACGCCUACUUUUAUCCACCGUCCAAUCCUAUUUACCAGGCUAAUCAGGCUGAAAAGCCUCCACUAUUAUUGAAAAGCCAUGGAGGGCCAACCGCUGAAACACGUGGAAUUUUAAAUCCUAGCAUCCAAUAUUGGACUAGUCGAGGCUGGGGCUUUGUCGAUGUCAAUUAUGGCGGUAGCACCGGUUAUGGGAGAGAGUUCCGAGAAAGGCUUUUGAGGCAGUGGGGAAUUGUUGAUGUCAAUGACUGCUGCAGUUGUGCAAGAUUUCUGGUGGACUCUGGAAAGGUUGAUGGAGAACGAUUAUGUAUCACUGGAGGCUCUGCUGGGGGAUAUACGACCUUAGCUGCUCUAGCUUUCAGAGAUACGUUUAAGGCAGGAGCUUCUCUGUACGGGGUAGCUGACUUAAGCAUGUUGAGGGCAGAAACACACAAGUUUGAAUCUCAUUAUAUUGACAAUCUCGUUGGGAGCGAAAAAGAUUACUUCGAGAGGUCACCAAUCAAUUUCGUUGACAAAUUUUCUUGCCCCAUAAUUCUAUUCCAAGGAUUGGAGGACAAAGUCGUACUACCUAAUCAGUCUCGUAAAAUUUAUCAUGCAUUGAAGGAGAAAGGCUUGCCUGUUGCUCUAGUCGAGUAUGAAGGAGAACAACAUGGUUUCCGCAAGGCGGAAAAUAUUAAAUUUACCCUGGAACAGCAAAUGAUGUUCUUUGCUCGGUCAGUUGGACGCUUCCAAGUUGCAGACGAUAUUAAUCCAAUCAAAAUUGAUAACUUUGAAUGAGCAUCUAACAUGCUGACUGUGCGAGGUCAUGUAAAUGCAUUUGGGUUGUGAUGGCUUUCUCGCUACAAUUCCAUAUGUAUACUCGUGAUGUCAAUACGGUAGAAGUUUGGAGUCGCUUCAAACCAUGGUGGAUGUCUUUGAUGGGUUUGAUUGCUUUAUCUCCAAUAUUUUGAAGUAUAAUUUUAAUGAAUAAAAUAAUUUCAUUUUAUUUACAGUUUUGUAAAACUAAAAAUUGCUUUUUUAUUUGACAUUGUUCUCUCUCACUCACUCUAUCUCUCUCUAUUUUUCUUUUCAAUGUAUUCCCUUUGGUUGUGGGAAUUUCUUUGAAAGUUUUGUUGUAGUAUCCGUGUUCAAUGUCUUUUGAUAGAGCUAGAGAAGUGAAUCCAAUAAUUGUACUGAAUCACAACUGUCAAACGUUUGAGCGGUCCUGGUGCUCUUUUGAAAAGAAAGCCGGAUGUCCGUAGCACUUGGAUACUAAACUGAAUGCUUUCCUCCCUACCUCACAAAUUUUAUUCCUACCCCGUUAUGUAUCCUAUCACUAUUACUCUGUUACUAAUGAAAUUUACAUAGGAAAAGACUAUUAUGCCGCUUUCCCCUAAGUUUAUAAUGUUACACUCAUUUUUUUGCUCUGUUUAAAGGACCUACACAGCCUUCUUCGAGCAUAUGUAGAACAUAUAGGGACUUGUUAUUUCUAUCAAUACUGCUUGUCGAGAGUUUCACCUUGCUUUGAGGUCGAAGUUUGGGAACUAAGGAAGUCUUCCCAAGUAACUUCUUUUUCUUGCAGUCCUUCCCAUUGAACAAGAGCUUCUGUUUCUCCUGUAGGGGAAUUCAGUAAAUGGUCUUAUUUUAGAUGAGAAAAAUAACUUUUUUCGAGAGAGCAAAACAAAGGAAGGAGAGCCUAAGA